AGUAGUCAACAAGAGAAAGAUAAUUUGUUCAUUUCGCUUGAUUUUAUUGGCGAUACAAAAAGGAUAAAUCUUCAGUUGAGAAAGCGGAUUCAGUCGAGUUUGUUUCAGGGAGAAAAUAAAAAUGUCGCUGAAGUUGUCAAUCACCACACUCAUCCAUUUAAGUGUUCUGGUGGCAUUGAUAAGGCCGACCUGUUCGAGCGGUGCAGCCCUUUCUUUAGAAGAAAAGUUCAGCGAUUGGCAGAACAACAUGCCAACUUGGAAGCAAAAAUGGCCAAACUUGAGGCCAAAGACAGUCAAUUGGAGGCUCUGAUUCAGCUCAAAGAUCAACGGCACGACAUGUUGGAAGAAAAAAUAUCGCGUCUAGAGUUGGCACUAAAGGUUCAACGCGAAACAAACUCCGAAUCAGCUCUAUUGAAAACAGAGAAAGAAAUCGGCCGUCAAGUAGCUGGUAAAAGUGCCAUGCCGCGGACGUGUCAAGAUGCCCGUUCAGCGGAUCCAUCGCUCAGUUCCGGCAUGUACUGGAUUGAUCCCGACGGGCAAGGAGUUGGAGAUGCCCCAAUUCAAGUCUAUUGUGACAUGGCAUCAGGUUCGACUUCCGUUUUACACGACAGCGAAUCGCCUAUGGACGUGGGUCACUGUACUGAUCCUGGAUGUUAUUCAAGAGCAGUGAACUACAGCGCAACUAGUAGGCAAAUGUCAGCACUGGUCGAGUUGUCAAACGAAUGUCACCAAUCAAUUAAAUACGACUGUUAUUUCGCAAUAUUUGAGUUCGACAACAUCGCCUAUUCCUGGUGGAACGAUAAAAACGGCAACGAGAAAUAUUUUUGGGCCGGAAUGAACACAGACGUCCACACCUGCCAGUGCGGAAUCGACGGAAAUUGUGUCGAAGCUUCUACCAAGUGCAACUGCGAUUCCUCUGCACCUGUGCAACUAGUCGACGAUGGUGUUAUCGCUGACAAGAGUGUUUUGCCCAUCACUCGCUUAAACUUUGGCCGGACUCAACUUGCAAGUUCUUCCGGCGUUCACACACUGGGUCGGUUUGAAUGUACAGGGCAAGUGACGGUCAGUGGAAUGGCGACAUCAUGUCUAGAUCUGUGGCGCAUCGGACACACCCUGAGUGGAUUGUAUUCCGUUGUGGGCACCAACAUGGUCGAAAGUGUUUACUGCGACUUUACAAAAAUUCCUAGCGAUGUCGGUUUUCAGAAAUGGAUUGGCUACGUCGAUGUCAAAUCAUCGCCCACGUAUUUUUACGUUCAGAAAAACUCGAAUUUCAACACAACAAAUACUCCGAUUCCAUUCGAAAUUUCAAAAUUGAACGUCGGAAACGCGAUGAAUUUGGCGUCCGGUAAAUUCACGGCACCGCGAGCUGGCACUUAUUACUUCUCCUUCACCGGAUUGGUAAGUUUUCCAGUGAUAGCCUCAGGCGAAGUCUAUUUGGGAGUGGAACUGCUUUUAAACGACGCAGCGGUUGGGCUGGGGACUACUGACGAAGCCAACACGAUAAACAGUCAAUUAACUCCAUUUACCUUCCAUUCUACACUUCACUUAAAUUUGGGAGAUCAAAUUUGGUUACGGAUUAAGCACAUGACACCAGGAGCGUAUCUGCAUGACACACCAAAUUGGCAAGGCACUCAUUUUACGGGAUGGAUUUUAGAAGAAGACAUUGUAAAUUCACUGUAAAUGAUGUCAAUAUGUAACACACAUAUACUGCGGAUAUCCCAUAGAGUAAACAGUCGAGGCAUAAUGUUUUGGUGACAAGAUGUGUAAAAUCAAAUUUUCAUUCCGCAAUGACCAAGUACAAUAAAUUUUUAAACAGGGA